AUGGCUACCGUGGAGAGUUACCAAGCGCUGUGCAAGUACUUGAUAGUCGCUUCUAAAAUAGUUGGUACAGAGAUAUGGACCGCUCCGGGAAAAAUGAAACCAGCUUCUUAUCUUCUGUUAUUCCAAGUGCUCAUCUAUUUUGCCGCUAACACUUACACCGUGAUCAAGUAUCGUCAUGACUUGAUCUACGUCCUUAAGGUUCUUAUCACCCUGGGAAGUGCCGUGCAACUUUUUAUCAAAUUCAUUGUGCUCCUCUGGAGAGGAAAUAUUUUUAAAAAGUAUGGACAGCAAAUUGAGCGAGAUCUAUUAAGACCAUUUGAGAAUGGUACUGAGGAAGAAAUGGCAGCGUUAUCUCGUGCAGGUCGAUUCCUUUGGGGAUUUUACCAUUUCUUGGGGUACUUAAUACUAAGUACAGGGAUCGGAUUUGUGCUCUACCCAUUUUUCGUGUACAUCACUCAGGGGACCCUUUUACCAUUAUUCCUUUAUGAGUUGCCAUACCUCGAUUGGCACUCCGUUGAUAAGUAUUUCUUUCAUUUUGCGUUCCAAUUGGAACUCUAUGCGGUGGGAAUGGUAGGGGAACUGAUGAGCGAUUUUUUGAUCGUGAUGAAUUCAAUUUACGCCCUAGCUAGGGCGGACUUAUGUAUAGUUCAUUUGUGUGAGCUGCGAGUAAUGUUGGAUGCUGCGUCGAAAAAACCGGAUGCAGCCGACAUUGCAGCUGUGCGCAGGAAGUGGGAGCAAUGCAUGCAUGACCAUCGCAUAGCCACAAGCUUUCUGAAUAAUGUGGAAGACUUAUUUGGGAUGAUAUGUCUUGCUCAAGUAAUGAUGGGAGUGUUUACGGUUUGUAACUGUAUGUUGCUGGUGGUUUUGACUGAUUGGUAUCCAGUGUAUGUGUUUUUGGGAGCUACUUUUCUCGAGCUAAGCGCUUUCUUCGUCAUUGGCCAUCUUGUGGAAAAGAAGGUUGACGAAUUGUAUGAUGCUAUAACCUCGCUCUCAUGGUACCAACUUUCGCUUCAGCAGCAGAAGGAGUAUGCUUUCGUCGUGUACCGACAGCAGCGACCUCUCGGCUUAACUGCUUUCGGUUUUAUGCCGCUCAAUUUCGAAUCCUACAUGAGUGUUUUGAAAGGCUUGUACCAGUUCUUCGUCCUCGUUCUGCAAUACGUGGAGUAA